AUGGCUCCAGGUACUGCCGAUUCUCGCGCUGCGUCGGUCGCAGUAGAGUCGCUCAAAUAUGCGAUCAACCACGUUUUCUUGCCCCCGAAGGCGCCCCAGAAAGACGAUGCAAGCAUUGAGGAAGAGCUCAACCUCAUCGCUUCUCUUCUCAAGUCAACGCGGCAGUUUUCCAGGGAAUGCUCAGCAGCGGAACCUCAGCAACUUUGGCCAGUCAUUGCGAUGCUCGAGAGGCUCCUGAAGGUGAAGCCAGGACUGGACAGCGCCACAAAGGGAACCUCUAUGAAAAAAGUCAUUCAGGAACUUGACGACGGCGAGGUUGCACUUUUCCAUAUCCGAGCCCAGAACGCUGGCCUUAUCCUGACGUGUCUUGGACAAGAAGACAUCUUGGUCGAGCCCUUCGAGCUCCUGGCCCGCAAUGGGGACAUGAUGGGCUGCAAAGGCCGCCUGGUCCGGGAGUUUCCUGACUGCGCUGCGACGGUUUGCCGUAAAACGGUGCUCGACCCCCUCUUCCUCAGCGAGUUCGUCGACGUUCUCCGCUGCUUGGAGCUUCAAGACUCGCCACAGGCUCGCCCAAAGUCGUCGAAGUUUGACCAGAAAUUCGAUGAAUCCAGAGACACCAGCUCCCCGCUCCUUCUCAGCAGUAUGGUUCUUGCCACUCUCAUCAGCCUUGGGCGGAGCGUCACCCCCCGCCGUGUCGCCAAGAGGAGCCGCGAGCAAGUUAGCUGGGACAGUACGCUGUUGUCCUGGCACCGGUCGCCCACAUGGAUGCUGUUGCGCGUCGCUGUGCGCUUAGUCUUGGAUCGCAACAAUUUUCCGUCCUUAUACAAGGCUUUCCUCACGUUUCACCACGCUCGCCUGCUUGAGCAGGCCGCCCAGCUCGGCCUGGAUAGCGAUUUGCGGUUUGCCAUGGCAUCCAAAUUUGUCAGGCGGAUUAUGAAGCUCAGUCCUCAUGAGAACCUUCCCUGGUUUCGCACAGUGAGGAACGUCCUCACAGCAAAUCAAGGGACGCUCCAGCGACGUUGGCAGAAGGAGCAGACCAAGAAUACUCCUGUAGCCAUCCCAGCGGGCCGUCUUCAAACCCUCUGUUUUGAGUCCGACACGAACCUUCGCCUCCAGAAGUUGAGCGGACACCUGGAAUCACGGGGGAAAUCGUGCCCCUUGCUGCUGGAAUACAACCCUGGAUUUGGUUAUCACGGUUUGCUCGACCCCUUGAUUCUUUCCACCCACAAGCAAAUGGUCCGCUUGGUCGCGAUUGAAUCUUACAUAUACGACCGGAGAGACAGUGCUGCCGGCGAUUAUCCAUUGGCAUUCGCGAACUUUGGGCGGCAGGGGUCGUUUGCGGUCCGUUAUUUCAACUCGUCCCCUGAGCACCAAAGCCUCUACGAGGAGAUCAAGGGCCAAGCCGAGAGCAACGCUGCCAAGAAAGUGCAAGAGUAUCACACGAUGCGCAGUGAAUAUGCUGAGCUGUCCAGCCGGAGAGCCUCAGCGCCACACUCUGAGAAGUGGUGCAAUCGGCAGAAGAGGAUGAUCUCCGCGUCCGGCUGCGAGGCGUGUCGACUGCAAUCCCAGAUGUCUGCGUUGAACAUCAACAAGUUCGAACCGGGAAAGCUUCAGGGAGUGAACCGGCUUUGGUUUGCAGCAGACCACUCCGGUUUGAAGGUCUAUCAACCGAGGACAAGCCAAGUUCAGCUGGCGUCUACCGUCAAACCAGUCGAAGCAAGUCAUUACCGCCCCAGCCAUAUCAACGCGGUGACCGAGGCCGAUGUUUGCGUAUGCCUUGAGGCAGGACCAUACACCAAGUUCAAUUUGGUCUUCCGGCAAGCCCACGCGGAUCUUUCGAACGCCAAGUUUGUCCGCAAUCUGGUUGCCGCUCUGAACGAUUCUCUUCGUCGGUAUUGUGAGAACUGGCAAAACGACGUGGCUGUCAGUCUCUUGAUAUGCAUCGCAACGAAGGUGUUGUCGAUGGCCACGUCACGGCCUCUCGUGGACGGGCUGUUGGCGUUCCUGUCCCAAGCCAGGGUCGUGACAAUCAAAUGGGCUAGGCACCUCCUGGCCAGGCGGGCGAAUUGCGGUACCGAAAAGGGGCAGGAAGAGUUAACCCAAAGGGUGCUGAUGGUGGCGGUGACUUGUACGUCGACCUUUGACGUCGGGUCAGACCACCUGGAAGUCAUUAUCCAUUCUCGGGGCGACCUUGGCGCUCUUGUCGAGUCCACUAUUAUGGUCUAUGAUCACCGGCCUGCUGAAGGAGCAGCGUCAACUCCCGUCUUGACUCUGUUGCUGCAGCGAUGGCAUAGGAUCAUGCACAGGUCAAUGGGGUUUGUCAAGAAAGAGUGGUCAGCUCAAUCCGGCGUUCAAGCUCACACUCUGGCCGCCACCAUGGUCAGACAAGGUGGGAGCCCCAUCUCUAUCACUCUCAACCUCCUGGAAGGCCGUCUCCUUGUUGACGGGUACCCCCUGUCCCGUCUCCCGGAUGAAUACCAAUCGAACAGAGCUUACACUCAACUGUUCGGGGCACAUGUGCUGGAAGUCAUGCCCUCCACGCGCCGUGGCCAGAGGUUCUCGGCCUGCCGGGACCAGCAAGGAUGGAUUGUGCACUUUGUCUUGACGGACGGCGAGCUGGUGAUACAAGCCGUACGUGGGGCAGAUGCCUCGCCAUUGGAGGGUGACGUACCGGCUUCAUUCGCCCGGAACUAUUCGCACUGGAUGAACCUUUCGACGGGGGCAGUCGAGUUCCGACCGGUGAACGAGCCCUGGGCAUCAUCACCGGACAACUGGAUUUUGACACGGGACGGUGGCCGCAACAUCCUUUCACGUCGCGGGCAGGGGCAGUACCUGAUCAAUCCACACAGCCUAACCGCAGAGGCUAUCUCGACCUAUCUAAGCCCCAUCGAAGAUACGAGCAAUGUGGACAUGAUCUUCCAAUCAGCUAGCCGUGUUCUGGCCCUAGAGUUGUCCAGAUUCUCCAUCUCGUUUACAUUGGCCGAGGGCGAGUCCAGCAUCCGGUCCAAGCACUAUUCAGGCAUGUGCAUCGACGAAUGCCAAAGCAUUGGUGCAUUGGUUGGACUUCAGAACAAGCUUGUGCUCAAGCGCGAGGGCGUUUCAGCAUCUUGUACGCUGCAGAGAUUGGUCCUGGUGCUUCGAGAAACCCUGUCUUCACGGCCGGUCGGCUACCAUGUCAGCGUCACUGUCGAUCAAUCUUCAGCAUUGCACGUCAAGCACGACGCCUUCUCGGUGGAUCCAACACUCGGCCGCAUCACAAGCGGCGGGUCACUCUCCAGCAAGCUCUACUUGUUUAUCCCCGCGACGAAAUUCUAUCCGACACACCUGCAGGUUAUGGAGCAAGUGAACUGGUCGUCCGAGCUUCCUGUCCUGGCCCAACAUGAUGGUUUCUGGCCAGCCGUCGAGGCAAUCCUUAGGCAUGCUCGAGACUGCGAGAUUUUCCAUCCCCCCGAUGACAAUCGUGGAGCUUCAACAAAGUUUGCCCCUCUCGAGCGGUCGUCUACCCUGUUGGUGGACCGGGCGAAGAUCCGGAACGCCAUGUUCCGAGUCUCAGAGUUUGGGGCGGAAGACUACACCACGAACUUUGACCGCCAGUACCUGGGACGGCACCGCAAGGAAGGACAUGUCACGGAGGCAUUUACCAGGGUCAAAAUGGUUACAAAGGCCGUUGUGUCGGGCCAUAAGCAGCUCCUGGAACUGCCAUCAGCCUGGGCGAAACAAUCCAUCCUCGAGGUCACUGGGAAGAGCUUCCCCGGGCGCCCUCAAGUCGACUUGAGCUUUACGCUCGAUUACCUCCAACCUCCAGAAAUGUGCCUGAUUGGUCUCUGGUGCGGACUUCACAGGGCACCAUUCGCAGAGCGCAACAAGUACAAGAUCGCAUUCUUGGCCUUUGCCAAUUCCCCCAGCGUCUUUCAGACCAGGAUCACGCCCCCAAGCGAAGAUCACUUCGAUCUAGAGUACAAUGUCUCGUCGAUGCGGCAAAGGAUGGACAAAAUCGUCGAGCAAUAUCUGCAUCCCUUCGAAAAUUGCCCGGAGGCCAAUAUUCGGAAGAAAUCUCACGAGUCAAAGAGCGCUGUUUCCCAGAGGCGGUAUCUGACAUGGAAAUCAGAGUCGAAUAAGACGGCAAAGAGCUUUGUCUCCGACCUGGAAACUCAGUGGCGUCAGGCCUGGACGGUUUCGACACUUACCAGCCAGGACUAUCGCCGGUACUUUGACGUUGACAGCAUCAUGGCCAAAGUUCGGGAAGCCUUGGAACUUGCCAGGAGGACAUCAGCCUUUGAGAGAUACCUGGACAGCCUUGUUUCGGAACUGGGACAGAUGUCCUUGUUCUCGUGGAAAGAUGAUCAAGAUGCUUCCAACUCAGACGAAACUUCCACACCAGCCCCGUCAACAAAACGUCCUCAGCCGCAGAACUUCAGCCACCUCUUGGACAAAGUGACGGAUGCAGCCGGGGAUACUAACCCAUUGACCGGUCUUCUUGAUCGGCUUUUUCAGUUGUGCGAUCAGAAACCGUACAGCUCUGUCAGUUCUGUCAACUCUGCCAGCCCUCGUAUUCGGCUGAGAGAAGGUACUUCUGAGUUGGAGGCUGCCUUUGAAGAGUAUCUCACCAGUUGUAAACAGGCGACGAGCAAAAUUCGCAGGAGCAUCGGCGACACACUGGGAGGGAAAUCCGUCGCUGAGGAAGUCGGCCAAGGCGCCCUAUUAUACCCUCGCAUCUCCCCAAUCUUCCUGCUCCAACGUCUCAGCCGAGUCUUUUGGAACAAUCUGCCGGCCGACUGGCGCCGGGCUGAGCGUCUCAUCAAUGCCCUUCAACGCCCUGACUGUCGAACAGACUUUCUGAAGGAACUGUCGAACAUGGGCAGCCACGAAUGCGGCGAAGGCGAACCCCUAGUCUUCCCGGAGACUGUUCUGCUUGAGCUGGAACAGGGAAUUUUGAUCCGGCCUGUUCAAAGCAACAUUGCGGCUCACAUGAGGCAUACUCCAGGAGGGGAGGGCAUGGCGCUUCAGCUAAACAUGGGUGAAGGCAAAUCUUCAGUCAUUGUUCCCAUGGUAUUUGCAGCCCUUGCAGACGGGAAGCGUCUUGUCCGGGUCGUAGUUGCAAAAGCCCAGUCAAACCAGUUAGCGCACACGCUCAUCGCCACCCUGGGCGGUCUGAUCAACUGUCAAGUGUUCUACCUGCCAAUAUCCAGAUCACUCCAGCUGAAGAGCUCCGAUGUCGAGGUCAUCAACCGCAUGCUCGCGACAUGCAGGAACCACGGCCUGAUGGCCCUGGAGAGCACCUGGGCAGACGGCAACGGUGCCGGAGCACUGAGCAAACAGAUCGUCACUACUUACAACCAUAUGGAAGACAUGUUUCGGGACAUCGUGGACGAAAGCCACGAGAAUUUCAGCGUCAAGUUCGAGCUGAUCUAUACGACGGGCACCCAACGACCCAUUGACAUGAGCCCAGACCGGUGGAAACUUAUCCAGGAGCUCAUGGGCGUUGUGCUCGACGUGGCCGAGGACCCGGCACGGAGACAUGCAGAGGCGGAUGUGAAAGGGCUGCUUUUUGAGGGUGAUCGGGGCAGCGGGCGCUUUCCAAUCAUUCGAGUUCUGGAGGAAUCAGCCAGCAAGCGUCUGGUUAGUGACGUUGCUGAGCAUGUGUGCUGCGUGGGCCUCAAGGGUUUUCCGAUUCACCAUCAAUCGAUCAGCCGGCGAACAGCGGUCGUGGACUACAUCCUUCAGCCAAACCUGUCUGCUGCUCAGAUUGCUGCGGUCCAAAACGACAGCAGUGGGUUGUUCAGCGAGACAAUGAUGAAGAACACGUUCCGUGUGAAUUAUGGUUUCGCUCCUGAUCGACGGCCUCCCACCAUGCUCGCGGUGCCGUACAGGGCGAAAGAUUCACCGGCACCACGCUCUGAGUUCAGCCACCCAGACGUCGUCAUUGUUCUGACAUGUCUGAGCUACUACUAUCAAGGCCUGUCAAAUGGUGAGCUGCGCACCUGCUUAGAGAAGCUGAGCAAGUCCGAUCAAGCAGAUCAGGAAUACGGCAGAUGGGCAGCAGCAUCGCCAAAGCUCCCGUCGUCCCAGAGCCACUUCUCCGGUGUCAAUCUCCGGGACACUGCUCUCUGCAAACAGAGCGUCUUCCCGUCCCUGCGAUACGCGAAGCCAGCAAUCGACUUCUACCUCUCUACCGUCGUCUUCCCACGCGAGAUGCGGGAAUUUCCCUACAAGCUAUCGGCGAGUGGCUGGGAUCUCGAAAAAGCCAAGCGUCACCUCCUGACCGGAUUCAGUGGCACAACUGACUCUAAAUACGUGCUGUCGCUCUCCGUAACGGCACUCGACCUGCCCGAGCAGCGGCACACCAAUGCGACGGUCCUCGCCUGCCUCCUCCGGACGGAGAACACGGUUCUGGAACUCGGCGGUGACCAGGAUCAACUGUCGGCCUCGACAGCGGAUAUGUUAUUAACCGCUGUGACCCAAACCGCCUCGAGCCGGCCAAUGCGCGUGGUCCUCGAUGUAGGAGCACAAAUUGUCGAGCUCAGCAAUUACGGGUUCGCGCAGCGCUGGUUGGAGCUGACUCCGGCAGGGGAUGCAGACGCCGUCAUCUUCUUCAAUGAUGAUGAGCUUGCUGCCUGUAUGAGGAUGCGCAAGCUCGGGUCUGGGCAGUCUGUCACGUUCUGUGUCUCACCCGAGAUGGCCAAACGGCUUCGCAGUUUCACGAAACUUGAGGAAUCACGCCCGCUCACUGUUUCCGACGUCCUGGUUUGGGCCAUCGUCGAAACGUGGGACGACGCGCACCGGAGCAUUCCUCUCUGGGCGGCCCAAGGCAUCCGCCAUCAGCAGCAAGAAACCGUGUGGGAGCGAGUGGCAAAGGAUGGGGAACUUUCUGCCCAGCACGUUCAAGACUACUUAGAAAACGAGACGCAGUCAUUGGAGCAAAGGUAUCGUCCCGAGUCGGAGGCGAGCAGCUCCAUCAACAACCAGAGCCUCACCUCGAAGCUCAAGGCGGCCACAAAACUCACCUCCAGGCAAAUCCAAGAGCGUGAACUGGCCCCAGAGGUCGAGCGUGAGCGUCAGGUUGAGAGGCCACCCAGGAAACAGCCCGCCUCGCACAACCUCCACGCAGACGUCAUGAGUUUUGCUGUGGACGGGGUCUUAUUGAACAACAACUCGGCAAAAUCCGCCUUCAUGCCCGCCUUUCAGUCUCUGGCCAACACGAGCGCAGCGGCAUUGUUCCCGGUGAAGAACUUUCCCAGCAGCCUCCUCGUGACCGUCGACUUUGCUCGCAUUAUCCGCGACAACUCCUCGCGCCUGGACGCUUACCAGCGCCCAGUCCAAUGGAUUUUGACACAGUCCUGCCCGGCUGCCGCGCACGGCAUGCGAAUGGUGAUUGUCAGCCCGUAUGAGGCAGAACGUCCCAAGCAGCUGCUGCUCGAGCAAGAACCAAACCCCAACAGUGACUCGGUUCUCGGCCAGCUACGCGCAUACCUCCCACACACGAGCAUGUCCUACUGUUCGAUGGAAGAUCUGUCGACGUACGUCUUUCCGGAUGCUGGCGAGGAUGCGCAGCCGCCCCCGCGCCCCCCGCCAGAGCUACUGCUCCAGUUGAAGCUGUUUGCUGGGGGCCUGUAUCUCCAAAAUUUUGGCGAGUAUGUCCAACUCGCAUUAUACCUUGGGCUCGCCUACACCCCCAAUGAAGGCGAGAGGGAUGUGGCGCAGAUGGAGUCAUUGGGCAGAAUCUUGUCAGCCGAGAUUUUGAGUCCGGUCAAGGACUUCGAGGGGGUUUGCUCCGGGGCGGGCUCAGCUGUGGUUGAGGGAGACGAGGAGGUGGACGGAGAUGGACGUGACUGAGAGGCGGACGCCAACAUGAAGCAGGUCUAAGAGGAGCCUGGGACGUUGCAUGGUUGAAAUAUAAGAGCUCUCUAG